AUGAAGUUCAAGGCCACCGUGCGUGACCAGCGCACCUUCGCCGGCGUGUGUCAGGCGUGCCGCAGCAUUCAGCGCCGCUGCGUGAUGAAACUGCACCCCGCACGUAUCCGCUUCUUCACGAGCACGCAGGUUGCGGACGGCAUGCAGGUGUGGGCCAGCUGCCGCACGCAGUCCAUCUUCGGCGACUUCCAGUGCCAGUCGCAGCGGCAGGACAACGCCGUCUUCUGCGAGGUGGCGGACCUCUCGCAACUUCUGCACAUCAUGCGCCAGGCGGAGCGCUGCCCAAAUGCCACCAUCAAACUGACGAAAAAUGCGGCGAGACGGCCGGCGCUGCGUGUCUCGAUGCAAGGUGCCCGCCCACACCUUGACAUCAGCUACGACGUGCCGGUGCGUGUGCUGAGCGAGAUGGAGGUGCAGAGCAUCAGCGCCCCGCCGCUCGAGAGCGACGUCGUGCAACUCGUUCUGCCGGGCCUUACGGAGCUGUCGAUGUUUGUCGACAAGGUCCGCUCCACCUCGUGCGAGCGCAUGACGUUCACGGCGCGGGGCAACCAACGGGCGGACGGCGCCGCUGCCGCCUCCUGCACACUCGCGAUUGUGGCCGAAUGUUUUCUUGCCAGCUUCGCACUGAAAUACAACUCCGUGCGACUGUGCGGGCGCGAGGGAGACGGCGACGCGGGCGGUGACUGGGAAGGCGUCAACAGUGGCGGCGGUGGCUCCGACAGUCGCGACGACAUGGCGAUGGUGCACGCCUCGGUGUCGGUGGAGGUGAAACGCUUUGCGCGGUUUCUUGGGGUCAAAGAGGUGACGCCCCUCCAGGUGGUGCUGCACCUCGUGGAUGGGAAGGCUGUUGUGCUGAGCGUCUCCGCGUCCGGCGGCACGACGCUGGUUGGUUACAUGCCUGCCAUGGCACAAUGA